AUGGGGUGUGGUUUAGCUGGUGGCUUCUCCAUUGGUACUGUCAUUUCUGGUGCUACUGCUGUUGUUGGCUUUGCUGUUGUCUGUCCCACUGUUGCUGUGUCUCCUGUUCAUAUUGUUGGUGAUGGUGGUGAAGGUUCUGCUGAUGCAUAUCUUAACAGACCAGCUAUAAUAUUUUUUGAUGAAUUAGAUGCUGUGGCACCCAUACGAUCUAAGCGACAGGACCAUGUCCAUGCUAGUGUGGUUUCAACUUUGCUGACAUUAAUGGAUGGCCUGAAGUCCCCCCAAGAUGUUGUUGUGAUUGGAGCAACAAACAGACUUGAUGAGAUUGAUCCAGCUCUCAGGCGACCUGGGAGAUUUGAUAAAGAACUUUUCUUCCCCCCUCCUGACUUAGAGGCUAGAAGAACAAUUUUAAACAUCCACACAAGACACUGGCACACUGAUACUAGCAGCGAGUUUAUGGAUCGCCUAGCCGAGAAUACAGCUGGAUACUGUGGUGCUGAUCUAGAGGCACUUUGCACAGAAGCUCUUAUGUGUGCAAUGAAACGCAGCAUCUCUUCAGAGCAAAGUACAGCAAAAAGUUUAAUGGUUCAUGAAGAUGAUUUCAUUGCAGCCAAAUCAAAAUUUGUGCCCGCUUAUCUUCGGUCAUCCAUUUCACCAGCUUGUUCAUUGUCAGAAGUAAUUUGCCCAUUACUACAGAAAAGAGUUGAAAGUCUCAUGCAGCAACUGGAGAAGAACUAUUCAUUCAAAUUCGUGUUUCCAAAGCAGAGGUUCGAAAUAAAAAACAAAAUGCUCUUUUGUCCACGUAUAUUGUUGACUGGGUCUGCAGACCAAGGCCUCACAUCUCACUUGGCACCUGCAAUUUUGCAUAGGUUGGAGCAUCUGCCAGUUCAUCUCUUUGAUGUUACUACAUUGUGCAAAUACAACAACCUCACAGAUUGUGGUUGUAUAGAGGUUUGUAUGCUUGUACUAGGAAAAGGAGCAGCUACAGUAGAUUUGUGGUUGCAUAGAGCCACACCUCGUAUACCAUGUCCCAAGGGUGCUUUGGGACCAGCCAAGGACAGGAAUGGUGCAACAGCUCAGCCUUGUUCUGUGCACAGGCCCCACAAGGCUGCUCCAGAAGUUUGA